AUGUUAAUUGGCAGUGCACCGGCGAAGCUACUCGUGAUAACUGUCUUGGCAUCAUUUAUGACGCGUUGGCACUUGGUUGUGAUGCUUCUUCGGAUACUCUCCUAUCGCUAG